CAAUGGACUGGAUGACUCCUCUGCGGCGCAGCAGGACAGGGUAGGCUCCUCCUGAAAGACAGGUAACUGUACUUGGCCAGUAUUUGCAUCUGCUGCAAUUUGUGGCACUUGCAACGACGUUUCGAAGUACAUUUCCAAGGAACGUGUAUACGGCUAUCCCUCAAGUCAACCUCAGCUCCCUAAUGUGGUCGCUAAUGAAAGCUAUACAAGCUUCGACUUACCUUACUGCAGCAUCAAGAAUGCUGACGGCGGAUAUCUCCCGGACUCCUCAGCUGACCCAUCCCCAGUUAUGAAGUCCAUACUCACCGUCAAUGUCACAACGGACUAUCUGGAAUCCCUGACCUUUAGCGAUGCGAACACCACUUUCCUCAUAUUUAUCAUGAUGAAAGCAGACCCAAAUUAUAUCAAUGGAAGUGCUGCCUGGGAAGAGUCCACCCCAUCGGCCACUGAAUGCGGACUUUCUAUGUGUGUCAAUGCCUAUAAUUCCACCAUCCAGAGUGGCAGUCUGAUCGAAGAAAAGGUUGCUUCCUGGCAGAACAGAGAGUCCGAUUCAUGGCUGCUGACCGAUGGCUACGGGAAGAAAUAUGAGUGGUGGGACGAGACAUAUCCCUCAUUCAGCGACUGCUACAAUUUGUUCAGGAGCGACUUACAACUUUCGAUACCUCCCACGGACUCGGCGCGGGGGUUGGGGAUAGACACCGGCGAGCGCUUCAACAUUACUCAAGGCACCAUUGCGAGUAUUCAAGACUGGAUUGUGACCUGGGGGUUCGGCGUCGUAGACUCACUCUGCGAUUUUGGGACGCCCGCCCUCAUCGCCUACCCCACGAAUGCGGAAAGCGCCCAUCCCCUUGCAGAAGUUCUCUACAAUUCCGCAAACCUGAACGGUACCUUUGCGGGUCUUUCCAGCAGCCUCACGAACUACAUACGCGACAGUUCUACCACCAAAGUCCAGGGCGACACGCAACAAUAUGUCAUCAAAUUCAAAGUCCGGUGGGCCUUUCUCACAGUCCCUGCUCUCCACAUUCUGGGGGGCAUCACCUAUGUCCUAGCAAUCGUCUGGCAGACGAAGAAUUCUGGACUCCCGGUUUGGAAAACCCGUGUCAUCCCGUCUCUCGCCUUUGGCUUGAAUGCUGCGGCGCAAGAUCAAUUGCGAUCCGGACUGGGAGAUCUCGACCUUGCAAGUCAUUCCAUCAGACGCAAAAUGAUGAUAACUUUCGACACCACAGGGGAUCGACCGCAACUUCGCUUGAGCGAAUCACUAGGGCACGAUGAAGAAUCUGUCAAAAAGCAUCUCAAUUGGAUCAGGCGCAAGGUAAAUUGAAGACGUUCACAGCAUGACAUAACUAUCGCACCUACUGCAUGAGGCAACAAAUGUUGACGUCUAGUCAAAGUCUGGGGCUGCGGCGAGGUUGAGGUUAGUUUUCUCCACCAGCUAUUAAUACCUGAUACCCCGGCCUUGCAAUUAAGCUCUCCCGGCUCCGGGCGGCUAUACUUAAUGCUUCCUAAGUGUCAGGGAACUCGCCGGCGCCAACGAAUCGCGUGGUUCCGGGCUUGCGCAAAGUGACGUCGCAUUCUGACCCCAAAUAAUCAAGACGAUCAAGUCCAAGCGCAGGUCGCCUUGCU